CGUCCAAGAUGGCCGCGCCCUGCAGUGGGGGGAGCAGCUGCUGACGGAGGAGUGUCGAGGUGGUCGGGGAGGAUUUCACAUGACAGUUACUGCUGCAGGUUGGAACUGACAUCUCCAGAGACAGCUCAGCGCCUCCUCGUAUCUCCUCAGACCUUCCGACAUGAGCAAAAACGACUUAAUCCUCCCCAAAGACUUUCCUCAGUUAAAGAACGACACAUUCCUGCGAGCAGCGCGAGGAGAAGAAACCCAACACGUGCCCGUCUGGUGUAUGCGACAGGCUGGACGAUACCUACCAGAGUUCCGUGAGUCGAGAGCGGGGAAGGACUUCUUCGAAACAUGUCGGUCACCUGAGGCCUGCUGCGAGCUCACCCUGCAGCCUCUGAGACGUUUCCCCUUCGACGCAGCCAUCAUCUUCUCUGACAUCCUGGUCGUCCCACAGGCCAUGGGAAUGGACGUCCAGAUGGUGCCGGGUAAAGGUCCCACCUUCCCGGAGCCCCUGAAGGAGCCGGAGGACCUGCAGCGGCUGCGGGUCAAAGUGGACGUAGACAAGGAGCUGGGCUACGUCUUCAGAGCCAUCACGCUGACCAGACACAAAAUAGAGGGCAAAGUGCCUCUCAUAGGAUUCACUGGAGCUCCGUGGACGCUCAUGUCCUACAUGAUCGAAGGCGGCGGCUCCAACACGCACUCGAAGGCGAAGCGCUGGCUGUACCGCCACCCUGAGGCCAGCCACAUCCUGCUGCGGAUGCUGACGGACGUCAUCGUGGAGUAUCUGCUGGGACAAGUGGCUGCUGGGGCCCAGGCUCUGCAGGUGUUUGAGUCCCACGCCGGCAUUUUGGGACCAGCAGAGUUUAAAGAUUUCUCGCUGCCUUACCUGCGAGACAUCGCUCGCCGAGUCAAGGAUAAACUGAAGGAGGCGGGGCAGGACGUUCCCAUGAUCGUGUUUGCAAAAGAUGCUCACUACGGCCUGGAGGACCUGUCUCAGUCUCACUACGAAGUGGUAGGGCUGGACUGGACGAUCGACCCUCGCUCUGCACGGGAGCGCACAGGAGGGAAGGUCAGCCUGCAGGGAAACAUGGACCCUUGUGCUCUGUACGCUCCAAAGGAGCGCAUUUCCGACAUCGUGAAGAAGAUGCUGGAGGGCUUCGGCACGAGGGGAUACAUCGCCAACCUGGGCCACGGCCUGUACCCCGACAUGGAGCCGGAGAACGUGGGCGCCUUCGUGGAAGCGGUGCACCAACACUCGAAGCUGAUGAUCAAGCAGAUGUGAACAGAGCAGGCCUUUUGAUCACGAGGGGAAAAUGAAUGUAUGACGCUACAUUAUUGUAAUAAAAAACACUGGAAAGUCGGAGUGUUUAUGCUUUGAAAGCAAAUAGGCAGGAAAAAAAAAAAAAGAAUUUCUUGUGAUUUUCUGAAGAGGACCCUGAUAAAUCUGACAUCAUUGCAGUAUUAUAACAUGAAAAAUAGAAAAAUCUUCAAGCAAUGAACAGAAGUUUAGUGUUUUCUUGUCUGCUGCAGCUUUUCAGGAUAAACAACAUGCCGAUUUUUCCGAGACAAGAUUUUCUCUUCAUCUAUAAUGUGUUUAUCUGCGCGGCAGUGGAUUAUGCGUAUGGAUGAAGAGGGAUGACAUUGUUUUUGCGAGUCCGUGCACAUUAGUUUUAAGUAGUAUGGGAUUGUAUUUCUAAUAAUAUCCCAUGUAUAUGAAGCAGCUUUCGUGAGUAUGUGAAGUAGUUUUUCUUUUCUUUUCUUUUUUUCCCUUUCCGAUCAGAAGCCCCGACAGUGACAAUCAUUCAUAAUAGAGUAAAGCAAAACACAAAAGCCGCAAAUCUCUAAAAAGAUGUAAACAUCUUCAGUCUGAGUGAAGCGCUUCGUCCGUACGAGAAGUUUCUGCCUCAAAGGCUGUCAAAGUUAAAAAAAAAAAACAUUCAAACUGCUGUAAAAACAAAACUAACAAAGAAAAAAAAAACAAAACUGG